AUCAACUGCACCAACUCUCAAAUCUCUGAUCGACCGCCUUACAAUUGGUCUUACAAACUACAAAGGGGUUUGGGGCUAUCUCGAACUUUUCCUUCCUUCACAGAUCUAGGAGAGUGUCUUCUGUGCCGGCCACUUCUCUCUUAUGUCUUGCGCUUAACCUGAUUCCUUGCCCCCCUUUCUUCUUCGUCGCGCAACCAUGGGUCUCCUCGCGGCCAUUCUCAGCAACAUCUGCGAGCACUGCUCAAAUUUGUCCUUGAGCGUGCUUGUUGGAAUCGGACUAUUUGCUGUCGUUGCUAUUUCAGUUUUCGUCAAUGUCUUCAGACAACUUUUGUUCAAAAAUCCGAACGAGCCCCCCGUGGUUUUCCACUGGUUCCCUUUUGUCGGAAGCACUAUUAGCUAUGGCAUGGAGCCUUAUAAGUUCUUUUUUGAUUGUCGCAAAAAGUACGGAGAUAUCUUCACCUUCGUGCUCCUCGGCAAAAAGACUACGGUCUAUCUAGGUACCAAGGGAAACGAUUUCAUCCUCAAUGGCAAGCUUCGAGACGUUUGCGCAGAGGAAGUCUAUUCGCCACUCACGACUCCGGUGUUCGGGCGUCAUGUCGUAUAUGAUUGCCCCAACUCUAAGUUGAUGGAGCAGAAGAAGUUCGUCAAAUUCGGUCUCACAUCUGAUGCUCUGCGCUCGUACGUUCGCUUGAUUACCGACGAGGUGGAAGAUUUCGCUCAAAACUCCCCUGCUUUCAAGGGUGAGCGUGGUAUCUUCGACGUUUGCAAGACAAUUGCCGAAAUCACCAUCUACACGGCUUCCCGGUCCCUCCAGGGCAAGGAGGUCCGCUCGAGAUUCGACUCCACUUUCGCGGAAAUGUAUCACCACCUUGAUAUGGGAUUCGCUCCUAUCAAUUUCAUGCUCCCUUGGGCACCCCUUCCCCACAAUCGGAAACGCGAUGCCGCUCAGAAGAAAUUGACUGAAACAUAUACGGAGAUCAUCCAGGAACGUCGCAAGGCUGGGACUGAAAAGGACUCCGAAGAUAUGGUGUGGAACCUCAUGUCGUGCGCAUACAAAAAUGGCAAGCCAGUUCCGGAUGAAGAGAUUGCGCAUAUGAUGAUUGCCCUGCUCAUGGCUGGGCAGCAUUCGUCCUCCUCUACUGCCGCUUGGAUCGUUCUCAAUCUCGCCAAAAACCCCGAGGUUAUGGAAGAGCUUUAUCAAGAACAGCUCCGUGUUCUUGGGUCGGAUUUGCCUCCACUUACUUAUGAGAGCUUGCAGAAGUUGGAGCUGCACUCUAAGGUCAUCAAAGAAACUUUGCGCAUUCACGCCCCUAUCCACUCAAUCAUUCGCGCUGUUAAGAACCCGAUGCCCGUGGACGACACGCCCUACGUGAUCCCGACCACCCAUAACGUCCUUUCUUCCCCUGGUGUCACAGCCAGAUCGGAAGAAUACUUUGCUGACCCUCUCAAAUGGGAUCCGCAUCGUUGGGAUGAGACUGACGAGAAGACGACCGAGGAUGAGGAGACGAUCGACUAUGGGUAUGGCUUGGUCACCAAGGGCACCAAUAGCCCAUAUCUUCCCUUUGGGGCUGGACGUCACAGGUGCAUCGGCGAACAGUUCGCUUAUGUCCAACUCGGUACAAUUACUGCCGCUCUUGUGAAAAUGUUCAAAUUCCGCAACGUGGCCAAUGUCGAACAGCUUCCCGAUACGGAUUAUUCGUCGCUGUUCUCGAAACCUCUCGGUAAAUCUUUCGUGGAAUUCGAGAAGCGCGAUACGCCCUCCAAGGCAUGAGCUUUGAUCCAUGCAGCUGUCACGCAAUGAGUAUUGGUUACAUGGAUAUCUCCAUAUGAACCGUUGGGCUAUGCAAUCCAAGGAACGCCGGUCACUCCUCGGGCACUGAGGUCAAAGCCGCUUAUUCUUCGGAUGCGCAUGUGGUCCUUUCCUACUUAUACGGCUGGUGUACAUUACAUAGAAUUAUUUCGUGGGCGUCGCCUGCUAUACAUAUCUUUUUAACAUUAUAUGAUUAUAAUCAAUAUG